AUGAGGCUGACACCUUUCAGCUUAUCGACUGGCAGCUCCUUUAGGUAUUCUAGACGGCUAAAGAAGAACAUUUUUGGCACAGCUCCAGCCUUGAGAGCGUCUGUAAUGAGCCUGCGACCUUCCAGCAGGAUCUUCCCUUGUUUUUCCCGAAACGGCCUGGACUUUACUAUUGUCAUUACACUGCUACCCACAUCACCUCAGCCUCCUGUCCCCGGGAUAAGCUUUAUCGUAGCGAAGCCCAGACUCUUCCCAGGUGCUGGGAGCGUGGGAUGCGGACUCCUCAAGCGGUGAUUUCUUUCGUUGCUCCUGGGCACUGGCCUCAGAUGCUGCUUGCGGGGCUGCUUCCCGGGAGCGCGCUUCCGUUCCACCACCUCUCCGGAGGGAAACACCACUUUCACUGGGCUCCGCCGCAGCGCCCGGACCCAGCGCCUCGCGCAAGGUCCCAAGCCUGCACCACCUGCAGCAGCGGCCGCACGACAAACCUCGCGGGUCUCACCAGCGCCGCCAUCUUCCCUGAGACCCGGGCUGCGUCACCAAGGCGCGCCGUCGGCGGCCAGUGACGUCACGGCCCGGGGCGCCCGUCGUGGGCUGGGCGGUACCGUGCGCGUGACGGCUGCGUGCGCGGGAGUCAUGGCUGCUCGCAGAGCUCUGCACUUCGUGUUCAAAGUGGGAAACCGCUUCCAGACGGCGCGUUUCUAUCGGGACGUCCUGGGGAUGAAGGUCCUGCGGCAUGAGGAAUUUGAAGAAGGCUGCAAAGCCGCCUGCAAUGGGCCUUAUGAUGGGAAAUGGAGUAAAACAAUGGUGGGAUUUGGGCCUGAGGACGAUCAUUUUGUUGCAGAACUGACUUACAAUUACGGCAUCGGCGACUACAAGCUUGGCAAUGACUUUAUGGGAAUCACACUCGCUUCUAGCCAGGCUGUCAGCAAUGCCAGGAAGCUGGAGUGGCCCCUGACGGAAGUCGCAGAAGGUGUUUUUGAAACCGAGGCCCCAGGAGGAUAUAAGUUCUAUUUGCAGAAUCGCAGUCUGCCUCAGUCAGAUCCUGUAUUAAAAGUAACUCUAGCAGUGUCUGAUCUUCACAAGUCCUUGAACUACUGGUGUGAUCUACUGGGAAUGAAAAUUUAUGAAAAAGAUGAAGAAAAGCAAAGGGCUUUGCUGGGCUAUGCUGAUAACCAGUGUAAGCUGGAGCUCCAGGGCAUCAAGGGUACGGUGGAGCACGCAGCAGCUUUUGGAAGAAUUGCCUUCUCUUGCCCCGAGAAAGAGUUGCCAGACUUAGAAGACUUGAUGAAAAGGGAGAACCAGAAGAUUCUGACUCCCCUGGUGAGCCUGGACACCCCAGGGAAAGCAGCAGUACAGGUGGUCAUUCUGGCCGACCCUGACGGACAUGAAAUUUGCUUUGUUGGGGAUGAAGCAUUUCGAGAACUUUCUAAGGUGGAUCCAGAGGGAAGCAAAUUGUUGGAUGAUGCAAUGGCAGCAGAUAAAAGUGACGAGUGGUUUGCUAAACACAAUAAACCCAAAGCUUCAGGUUAAUGGAAGACGUGAUGCAGAGCAAGCCUCUGUGAUUCCUGCCCAGCACCUGUGAGGCCUGACGUGUCAGUUCCCGAUAAAUGUUCUUCCGAUUUGUUUCCCCUACAGGCAAGGAGGCUUGGGUAGUGCAGAUCUGUGUAUUUCAACCUUUGAAAGGUCUGAUGUAUUUUAGAAAUGAAAUCCAAUCAUGAGUGCAGGUAGAGAACGCCUGCUAUAAUCUACAGUGUUGCUGGGACUGCACAUUCUGUAUAUAACUGUGUUCGAUUAGUGACAAAUGAUUGUCCAGACUAGGACAGCGGCAUGAAACAUGACUUUGGUUGGGAUUGCAGAUGGUUAGGGUUAACUCUGAAUCAUGCAGAUUUUAUGAGAGCAGCUGUUCAAGUCAGUCCAAAUUAAUGGCUUGUCAUGGUGCCAUUCCCAGCCCCUGAUAAUGAUAGGCUGUUCUGCUAUCUUCUGGCGGGUUUUGACAUUUUAAAUUUUCUAAAGAAAUUUUAUUCCUUGGACCAAAAGUUUUGGUUAACCAUCCCCAUCUUACUUGCUUUUACAUUUUGAGCAUCCAGAGGAAACAGAAAGGAAUGAGUGUGUGACGUUGCUGCACACCUGGCUCUGUGCAAGUUUCUUUUUGUAUAUACAUAUUUUUUUGUUUUAUUUUUUUCUGUGUAUAUUUUUAAUCCUGACAGAACAUCGUGUGAGAUUUCCUUAAAAUGGAUUAAACAAUUUCUUCAGCCUGAAAAAAAAGUUUUAAAAAUGUUUUCUUGGAGUUUUGUUUGGUUCUAUAUAAUAAAUAGGUUUUAGUCACUUGAAAUGGAAUUAUAUUGUGUAUUCAUCGAAUAAUUAAAUUUUUUUUUUAAAGUAAACUUCCAAAAUCAA